GUGCUGCAGUCGUUACGUACACUGUAAACAGGAAGCGCUCCGUCAGCUGAAGAAGACGGCUUGCUAGCAGAUUUUCUGACCUACGGUGAGAAAUCAUCAUGGGUAAAAGCUGCAAAGUGGUGGUGUGUGGCCAGGCUGCAGUUGGAAAAACAGCAGUUUUGGAACAACUGCUGUACGCCAAUCAUGUUGCAGGUUCGGAGCCCAUGGAGACCCUGGAGGAUAUCUACAUCGGCUCCAUAGAAACCGACCGCGGCACACGGGAGCAGGUGCGUUUCUACGACACCCGCGGACUCCGUGAUGGGAUGGAGUUUCCCCGACAUUACUACACCUUUGCUGACGGCUUUGUGCUCGUCUACAGCAUUGACAGCAAAGAGUCCUUUAAGCGAAUGGAGGCCCUCAAGAAAGACAUUGAUCGUCACAGAGACAAGAAGGAGGUGACCAUUGUUGUUUUGGGCAACAAGCUGGACAAGCAGGACGAGAGGAGAAUUGACUCUAACAUGGCUCAGAACUGGGCGAAGAACGAGAAGGUGCGUCUGUGGGAGGUGUCGGUGGUGGACCGACGCACUCUCAUCGAACCCUUCGUCUACCUGGCCAGCAAAAUGACCCAACCGCAGAGCAAAUCCACGUUUCCUCUCAGUCGCAACAAGAACAAGAGCAGCGGGUCGACAGACAGCUAAAAGGCCAGUUACAGCUUAGGGGUGUGUUAAAGGGAAUCUGGUUUUAUUCAAAAAUCAAUUUUGAUGUCAUGAGGGAUGAAGAGUUUUAAAAAAGGCAGGAUGAUUGUAUGGAUAUUUAUAUACACUGUUAAUAUAGCAUCUAUAUUUGAUGUUCUGGUGGAAUACUACUUUAAUUAUGACCGUAUAAAUGCUUAUCUUGUUUGGUUUAUGCCCAUAUCGGCUAAGAAAUGGAGAAAUCUAUCGUUUUUCUUUCAGAAUUAAGGUCAAACUUUUUAACUUCUAACAUUAGCAGUCACGUUUGGACUGUAGACUGUGGGCUUUGGACCUACAUAUUGUAGUUCUUGAACUACUGACAAUCAGCGUUUUGAUCUCAGUUCAUGGUCCAGAGCUCAUGUUGCUGGCUGUCUUGAUAAAUUAGGACUUUGCACAAACUUACACUGGCUUGUAUUUUCUGUACACACCGACUGAAUCAGGAACUGGUCACGCAAAUGCUGAAUCUCACAUGUUGUUAAAAGAUCAAUGGCUGAAGAUGCAUCACUGUGCUGCUCGUUGAUGUGGAGAUUUGUUACACUAAACGUGUAUUUGUUGCUGAGCUUUCGACAUUCCCUGCCACAUACAGCCUUCUGCACAAUCUUCUGAGUAUAAGACAUGAAAAGUAGAUUUUUCUGCAGGCUCAGGUGCUACUUUUUUUCUGGUUGUUCCACUUGAAAGACAUCACGAACACAUGUAGCUCAUGUAAUCAGUUACUGCUGAAGUUAUUUUUUACUGAAGUGUAAAGUCAAAGCUAGACGUACGUAUUAGCUGAGCAGCUUUGGAUGUCUGUUUCAUUGAAAAUGGGAACCGUGUUGGUAUUAUCUUCAAAGCUCACGUGUUUGUGCCAGAGUCUAGCAAACGCUAUGUAUCUUACAUGCAGCAGUUUUUUUUAAAUGAAAUAUCAAGCUUUUUAUGUAUAAACGUCCUUGAAGUGUGCUCACUUGAUAUUUGUUUGCAUGUACUGUGAACAAAUUAAAGCCUUUUUUCUGUGCCUGAA